AUGUUCUCCGUGUUCAUGGCUCUCUCUCUGCCUCUCAUUCUCUUUUUUUGUACCACCGUUUGGAGCCUCUUCCGCAACUAUCGUAUCGCUCGCCAAGUCGGUCUUCCGAUCAUCAUCGUACCGAUCAGCCCCGAGAAUCCAGUGUGGAUGCUCCUGGCUCGCUACAUGCUCCCCAUACUUCAAUACGUCCCUUUCGGAAAUGGCCACUUCUCUCGAUUCUGCCACAUCGGCUGGGAAUUUGACGAAAAAGCUCGCGCUCAUAUCGAAUUUGGCGAUGCUUUCAUGUUCGCGACCCCAGGGAAGAAUUGGAUCUACCUAUGCGAUGCGGAUGCGGUGCAUGAUAUCAUAAAGAGGGAACGACAAGGAGAGUUUGCUCGUCCCGUAGAGCUCUUGGCCAUGCUAGACGUGUUUGGGCCAAACAUAUCUACCAUGAAUGGCCCUGACUGGCAGCGACAACGAAAAUGCACGGCUGCGAGCUUCAACGAACAGAGUAAUCUCUUGGUGUGGAAGGAGUCUCUACGCCAGGGACAGCAGUUGCUCCAAUACUGGAAAGACAACUCUGACGUGGACGGUCCUUCUACUAUGGCCAAAGAUACCAGAACAUUGACCCUAGACGUACUCGUCCACGUAGCUUUUGGGAAGUCUUUCGACUUCUACGGAGCACGUGAGAAGAGAGCAACCUCUGGCCCCCUCAGCUAUCGAGACGCUUUGGCGCUCCUUCUUGAGAAUGCCAUAUUGAUUUUUGCCUUGGGACCACAAACCUUGAGGAAACUCGCUUUUGUGCCACAGCUUCGCCGGUUGAGCAACGCUGCAGAACAGUUCAGACAAUACAUGUUGGACAUGUUCGAAGAGCAGGCACAGCAUGUCCAAGAGGAAAAGGCCCAAGGCAAUCUCAUCAUGUCACUCGUGCGGGCUUCGAAGGAUGACAAGAUCAUAACCCAGGACGAAGUGAUUGGGAACAUCUUCGUGUUCAAUUUUGCGGGCCAUGACACCACAUCGCAUUCUUUCGCAUUCACCUUCAUGCUUUUGGCGGCGAACCCUGAAGUUCAAGAAUGGAUGGCUGAAGAGAUUCGACACGUCGUGGGAAAUUUGGAUAUCUUGAGAGCCGACUACAGCAUGUUUCCGAAGCUUGUUCGGACUCUAGCUGUCUUGGUGAGUCAUGUGCGAAGACGAGGUGGCAUAUUGUUGACAUCAAGUAGCUUGAAACACUACGAUUGUACGAACCACUCCUCAGCAUCGUAA